GAAAAGGUAACUUUAUUUAUCCCAUAUUCACAAAUAGAUCGAUGGUAACAUUGAUUCAAACAUUGUUGUACAUCAGAUUCAACGAUGGCUGGUCAGCGCAAACAUUUUUAAUUUAAUCAAUAUUUUUUUUGGUGUAUUGAGAGUGAAAUUUGUUUUGUGUAUACAACUGUUUACUUGAUGUAAUGGUGAUAUAAAUGGGUUUUGUCUGAUUUUUCUUGUAAUUUUUUUUUUAUUUGGAAUGAUAAUUUUGUUGUUGUUGUUGUUGUGCCGUAUAAUCAAUGUGUCUUUUUCACGCUGUGCCAAUAAGUGUAUGGUUUCAUUUAUUCAAGUAUAUAUGUUUGACAAGUUCCCGCUGCAACCAUGGAAAAAUCGCUUAGUAACACAAUCGAUGUGGAAAAACUUUUAAUCGAAAGUGGUCUGAACGAAGACGUUCUAGAGAAUAUCUUCAAACGAAUGGAUGUUAGAGAUUUAUUGAAAGUAUGCGAUUUAGAUGAUGAGGAUAAUCGAACAUUUGUCAAUCUCAUAAAUAAUCGCGUUGCCAAUAAAAUUCUCUUCGAUUUUGACAAAAUUCAAUCGACGAAACAGAACAAGUGGACGGUUACCAGAGUGUUCGAGACAUUCGGACUGGCGAUGAAAUUUUUGAAGGUAUCAGUGACACCGCACGCAUUCAACUAUUUUCUAAGAAAAGUGAUGGCAUAUUGUGCUCCCGAUCGUCUAAUCAAAUUACAAAUCGAUCUAAAUCACACAAACCAAAAUCACGAAUGGGAGCUGGAUUAUGAAUUAUUACAACAAACGGAGCCAUAUUUUCGUGGUCUGGAGCAACUCACGUUGCGUACCAUUACAUUGAGUAACCGAGGAUUCCACAAUCAGACAUCAACAAUGCAACGCUUUUUUUCGCGUCUUCAUUUGCCAAAUAUAAAAUGUGUGACACUUCAAAGGAUGCGACUCACCGAAAGUUGGAUGGACUUCUUUCCGAAUAAUCAAACAAGCCUAACUGAGUUACGUUUCUACAAUGUACGAUUGGCUGAACGUGUCAAUGAUUUUUCGGAAUUUUUAGCACAAGUACCAAAUCUCGAGGUAUUCAUACAUACGGGAAGCUUAGCAAGAAUGCACGAAGUGGCCGAAAAAUUAUUGCAAAAAUUUCCUAAUUUACGCGGUUUUGGCGGCACAGCUACCGAUCAUGAAAUGCAUGGCAUUGUUUUUGGCAAUGCCUUAAAUUAUCUACAAAAAUUUAAAAAUCUCCAAGAACUACAUUUUCACAAUGGUUUUCCAUGUGAAAAUAUUCGUAGCGUUUUUCAAUAUGUACCAAAUAUUCGAGUGCUCUCAAUAUGGCAAUUAGAAUUAAGAAAAUUACCGGUCGAAUGUCGUCAUAUUGCAAAUUCAAUCAAAGAAAUUGUCUGCGCUCGACGUGAACGCUCACCACAUAGACAUGUUGUUCGUGUUGAAGUGAAUCAACAUCAAUACAACGAAUUUAUUGCCAAUCAAAAGGCAGCGGAAUACAUACAUUUAAUAUUGAAUUAGGGCAAAAGAUUAGUAGGGUUUGCACGCAAGUUUGAUAUUUCAAAAUUGAUUUUUUGUUAAAUUAAAUUUUAAAAUCAUUCUUUUUGUGCAAUUUUGUAUUCAAGUACCGUGUACAUUUAUCAAACACACAUGCUUUAUUCCGCUUUUAUUCUACAACAAUACAUUCUGUCAAUAUAUUUUACGAACCAAAUCCGAACGGUGAGACAAGAAGAAGAAAAAAAUCGCUAAUAAACGUCAUAUAUCAUUGGAAA